UGACGUCUCAGUGAGAAUGUCGCCAGUUCAGUUGAGCUCCAGCCAUGGCAGCGCUGAGGCAGGAGCAUCGGUAUGGACUUUCCUGUGGUAAAAAUAACAAAAACAUUCCCAAUAAGACUAUUUAUCAUGUGAAACUCACGGACACUGCAAUCAGAACACUGGAAGCCUACCAAAAUCUCAAGGGAUCCUUACCAAAUCAGCCAGCCAUUUGCUUCAAGGGGAACCAGGGGUACAUCAAAAUCCCGGCCGGUUCUCCGGAGUCGCCGGAUGCACUGCGUGUCUUUUCCUUCUACCUGUCCAGCGACAGCAAAGACAAACCUCAGGCCAGCUUUGACUGCAUACACCAGUAUGCCUCCGGGGAUGGUUGGGAGAGGCUGGAGAGUCAGGGCAGUAUCCAGGACAAGAUCACGGUGUGUGCGACGGACGACUCCUACCAGAUGACGCGGGAGCGCAUGUCCCAGGUGGAGAAGGACAUCAUGAGCCGCGCCGCCAUCGAGAUCAAGCCCGGCUCAGGCCUCAGCAAAUGUGUGAAGAUCAAGCGAAAGCAAGGGGCCCUCCCUUUAUCCGUAGACGGCCUGAGCAACAACAGCAAGCACUCCCACCCCAACUCCCACUCCCACUCCCACUCCAACUCCCUCUCCCACUCCCACCCCAAUUCCCUCUCCCACUCCCCCAGCGGGGGCUCCAAGCGCGGGGGCAGCGGCAGCGGCAACGGUGGCAGCAGCAGUGGGGCCCCCAGCCCGGUGGCCCAGAGGCCCCUGAGGGACCGCGUCCUCCACCUGCUGGCCCUCAAGCCCUACCGGAAGGCAGAGCUGCUCCUCUGGCUGGAGAAGGAGAGGGCCAACCCCAAGGACAAGGCCGACCUCACCAGCGUGCUGGAGGAGGUGGCUAAGCUGAACCCCAAAGAGCACAGCUUUACCCUGAAGGACGAACUCUACCGCCAGGUGCAACGGGAUUGGCCGGGCUACCUGGAGGAGGAAAAGCAGCUCGUACACAGGCUACUCACCAGGAAGCUUCAGCCAUUGGCUGGUGGCCAGCCGAGGGUUUCACAGGGCAGCCAUUCAUACCUGCGCACCCCUGGGGACUCACCCUCCUCCUCCGUCCCACUCAGCCCCGUCAAGACGCCCUCCACGAAACGCCCAGUGCCUUUCGACCACUCGGAAACCCCCACGCCCAAGAGGCCAAGGUUACCGGAGCCCAGUUUGAUUGGCGGCCUGACCAACCAAUCGCCCUCUUCCAAUGGACACCUAAGGUCCUCCUCUUCCUCCUCAGGCCGGCCCAGGAACAGCAACGUCUCGACCAAACUGGAGUUCCGGGACUCUCGAACCAGCAGUAGCAUUCCCGACAGAAUCAACAGUAGCAGCAUUCCCGACAGGACCAGCAUUUCCGACAGAAAUAACACUAGUAGCAUUCCAGACAGGACCAGCAUUUCCGACAGAAAUAACACUAGUAGCAUUCCAGACAGGACCAGCAGUGGCAUUCCUGAUAGCCCCAACGGCCUCUACCCCCGGCACGGAAGCCACGCCCUUACCCACAGUAGCCAUGGCAACCACACACACAAUCACAGUAGCCACGGCCAUGGCGAUCUGAAUGGACCAAUGAAAUUGGAGCGCUUGGUGCCACAGGUACCCGCGUCCGACAGCCCCAAAGCCCAAACACAGACUGAUCUCCCAGCAUGCACUGAGCCGCCGGGGCCACAGGGGGCACUGGUGGCCAACGGGCAGCACAAGAAGAAGAAGUCCAAGAAGCACAAGGACAAGGAGCGCGAGCACUUAAAGGCAGACUGGGUGGAGACCAGUCCCGACCUCAAGCAACAUCAGGAGAACAUCAACGAUCAUGACUUGGCCAACACACCUGUCAGCCAAGACUCUCCAGAAGACGUCCCUGACUACUCAUUAAAAUACAUGGCUAUUGUGGAUAAUGACCAGCGGCAGCAGUACAAAGAGGACUUCUGUGCGGAGUAUGACGAGUAUCGCGACCUUCACGACCGCAUCGGCAAAGUCACAGAGAUGUUCAUUCAGCUGGGCUCCAAAAUCAAGACCCUCUCGCCCGGCACGCAAGAGUAUAAGGUAAUGGAGGGCCAAAUACUGGAGAAAUAUAGAAAGUAUAAGAAGAAGUUUCCGGACUACCGCGAAGAGAAGAAGCGCUGUGAAUAUCUGCACCUAAAGCUGUCCCACAUCAAAGGCCUGAUCCUGGACUAUGACCGUUCGCAGCCACUCUCGUAGUCACGGCCUUUCCUCGUCCACACAGCUCCACACGCACCCACACGUGUGUGUGUGUGUGUGUGUGUGUGUGUGUGUGUGUGUGUGUGUGUGUGUGUGUGUGUGUGUGUGUGUGUGUGUGUGUGUGUGUGUGUGUGUGUGUGUGUGUAUGUGUGUGUUUGUACCUGUGUCUCUGUAUAUGUGUGGGUGUCUGUGUCUGUGUGGCAGGACUAGACCAAAAGAGCCUCACCGCGCCCCUCUUGAGGAAAAAACUGCCCUGAAAUGAACUGAACUGAAGUGAAUUAAGCCACGUCUCUGGCCCACAUCUGGUCCACAUCUGGCCCAGUCUCAGCCAGACCAGACCAGACCAGACCAGACCCCAGGGCACUCUCCCUCACUUUACUUCUCCCAAGGAAGAAUGAAAAUAGAAGAAACAAACGAAAGAAAGAAAUGAAAGAGAGGAAAAUCAGUCAGGAAAACAAGAAAAGGAGAAAAUAGCCUGCGGGCGCAAAGAGAAAAAAAAAAGAAAGUCUGCUCAGACCACCAACUGGUGACAAUGCCCUUUAACUGUUAUACUGUGUUCACCAGAGCAAGGAGGGAAGUGUGUGUAUAUGUUAAUGCCCUUCAGCAUAACUGUUAUAUACACGAUGUUCAUCAAAGCGAACAGCAAGUGUGUGUGUGUGUGUGUGUGUGUGCGUGCGUGCGUGCGUGCGUGCUUGCGUGUGUGUAUUGUUGUGGGCUAGUGCAGACAGACAGUGGUGUAAAUAUGGUGAGACACAAUAAAAAAAAGCCAAA